AUGCCAAGAACUCAAUCUCCUAUUGUGCUCUCACAGCAGAAGAAGGUUCACUUAGACAAGGCGGAGGUCUUGGUCCUCAGGGACCACCUAGAGGACUGGAGGUCAGUGAAAGGUAAAGAAAGAUCAAGGGUGCUCAUCGCCAUCUACAAGGAAGCCUCACUCCAAGCUCCUACCAAGGACCGAGCCAUAUUGAAAGCUCGGAAAAAGAUUUACAAGCAAUGGUUGCAAAACCAAUCUCGGCGGAAAAAAGAUCCCAAGCCACUCAUCAAGUAUGGCAGACGUUGGACAGCAAGGAAAGUCCUAAUCCAGACUCAUAAACACCUAAUCCGAGAAGAGACAGGGGAAAUGGCUGGAAGUGAGGAGAUGAUCAGCAAGUGGCCAAGGGCGGCGAAGUCAGUAAUUGAUGGUUUGUCGGCGGAGGAGAGGGAACAGGCGGCAGCUACGGCGGAGAAAUGGAACCAUCAAGCGGCGCCGCCGGAAGUGCAAGCCGAGGUCGCCGAGAGCAAGGGCGCUGAGAUGAUCGAGCAUUUGACCACCGAAAUGUUCAAGCAAGCUGGAAUGAGGGUCUGUGUGUUGUCUGCAUGGAACAACAGCAAAGGGAAGCUGAUGUUAGGAGGUCAUGACUUCAAUGAACAGUUUGGGAACGGCGAGAGCUUCAUCAAGACCAGAGAUUGGGACGGCAUGUUUAUGUUGGAAUGGGGGGAAUAUGCAGGGGAGCAAUUCGAUGCGGAGGAUGCGGAGGAGCCACGAAUGGUAAAGUCAAAGAAGCGGCAGCCCCAGAAGCUGAUCGAACUUGAAGAGGAUGCCGAUGGCUGGCUGAUGCUCCCUGAUACAAUGGGAUGGAAUUGUGCCAAGCAACAACACAUGAUUCGAUCAUUCCUCACGAAACUAUACAGGAUGUGUGGUGGGGAAGACACCUCCAAAUCAGCGGUGCCAUGGGGCAAUGUAAGCCAGGACCCAUUGGCGUACUUUGACGGCACAAAAUGGCCCGCCGGCAUGCAAUUCAAGGAACCCUCCAAGAUGGAUAUAUCAGAUACAAGUGCUUUGCUGCAAUUCUGGUUUGCCUGGCAAGAACAAAAUAUUCAACCAGCCUUUUCAUUCAUGGUGUGGCAAGAUUCUGAUAGUGACAUAUGUGAGGCAGUUGUUUCUCCAGCACCCCGGCAGGCCGCCAUGAAUAGAAACCGCACUCAACGGACACAGCCAAAGGGAAAGUACACAGGCAAUCCCUUACCAUCGCACCGGGCCAUCAAAGAAAGCAGUUCGGAGGAUGAGUUAUAUGGCAAUGAUGGUCACUCCUCUAGUGAAGGUGAUGAACCACUUUUCACUGCCCAGAAAAAGGAUGUGACGCCACCGCGACAGGCCACACUCCCGACUAACAAGCCUCGCAAGCUCAAGUCUGACGCUGCUCCGCCACGGCGAAGUGCAUGGCAGACACUGGCUGCCAUCGGCGAUGUGCCAAAACCAGCUAUUGCCACGUUCAGCAACACCAAGGAGCCGGCCAUACCUCAGAGGAAGGCCGCAAAGCAGCCAUCUAGAUCAUCUGGUGCUGUCACGAGAAGAAAGGAGGUCACAUAUGUGGCCAAUGAUCAGCCCCGGGGAUCAAAAUGCUGCGCUCCUGAGGCCGUUAGAGAUACGCCGGUGAAGAGAACCAGGAGCAAGACAUGUGCACCAGAGGCAUCUUUGGGUAGACGCAGCAAGAAGUGA